GUAGAAAAACGAGGAAGUUCGAAAAAUCUCUGCACGAUGGACAUAAGAAUAAGUGCCACUGGAAUCCAAGAUAAGCGAAAAAAGCAAACACAAAUCGAUGAAAUAGAUAAUCUUGUUUCCCCAGGAGAUAUCAUUACUUCCGACACAGGAUUUAUGCGAGGACAUGGAACUUACAACUCGGAAGACGACAGAUUGCUUGCUUCAGUGGCUGGGGUUGUGGAACGUGUCAAUAAGUUAAUAUGUGUAAAACCACUGAAAACAAGAUACAAUGGAGAGAUAGGGGAUAUAGUGAUAGGGAGAAUAAUUGAGGUUCAGCAGCGGAGGUGGAAGGUGGAGACCCACUCCAAACUGGACUCCUCCCUACUGUUGUCAUCAGUAAAUUUACCUGGAGGAGAAUUGAGAAGAAGAUCUGAGGAAGAUGAAAAAAUGAUGCGACUAUACUUAAAGGAGGGAGAUUUGAUUAGUGCAGAGGUUCAAUCAGUGUUUGCUGAUGGUUCAUUAUCACUGCACACCAGAAGUCUCAAAUACGGAAAGCUAGGACAAGGAACCUUAAUUCAUGUCUCUCCCUCACUUAUAAAAAGAAGGAAAACUCACUUCCACCACCUGCCAUGUGGCGCCACCAUUAUUCUGGGUAACAAUGGGUUUGUGUGGAUCUGUCCCACGGAGACGGAGGAGAUGGACCAAACUGGGGGGUACCAGCUAAGUAUGGAGCCUGUACAGCGAUCUGACAGAGAAGCAGUAUCUAGGUUACGGAACUGUAUACAACUUCUUGCCACCCACAAAAUGCAAUUAUACGACACCAGCGUACUGUAUACUUAUGAAGCAUCACUCAACUUUCAGAUAAAGGACAUAUUAAAGCCAGAGAUUGGACUGGAGAUCCUUGAUCACACUCGACAGAGACUAGAACUGGAGGGCACCUGAUGAUUUGUGUAUUCUUAUGACAGCUAUUUGUGUUGGUAGUGGACCAGAGAUGAUGUCCGUUUACAAACAAGACUGUGUUUCAGCAAGCUGUGAUCCAAGAAACUUAAAGAAAAUUACAUAUAAUGUAACUGUUUAUGAAAAGAUCAUGAGACAUUUGUCACAUGAUUCAAAUUCUUAUCAGCAGCAUAUGUAUUGUACACACAGAUUUUUUUUUCACAUUAGGAGUGAAAAAAAUUGUAAUUAAUUCCUUAAAAGCAGUUUUGUUAAUAAAAUACCUGAAUUUUA